CUCCAUAUAUUAAGUGUAUUCACGUAACGAGAUAAUUUUCUACUUUGCAGAAAAAUAGAAUAUUCCGCAAAUGGUUUAAAUGAACACCCCAGCAGAAAAUAAUUACGUAAACAAGGGAAACAAACAGCUGUUUGUUAAACGUCAAAUAGAACUCAUAAAAUUUUUUCAAUUAAAAAAAUAAAGUCAAGCUAAUUUUGUAAAUACUAUGGAACAAUAAAAAAAAAUUUGCUAAAAUAAAAUAAUAUUCUCUUUUCAAUACUAACACAUUUUAUUUGUGGUUAUCUGAAUAAUAAGACAUAAAACGCGUUCAAAAAUAUAUUCCAGAUACGGGUAUCCCAGAUAGCCUAUCCGAUAGGUGAUUGAACACACCCAAAGUUUAUCAGACUUUUUUUCUACGGUUUCUGCUUCAAAUUUGUGAGAUAAAAUUCCAUGAUUUGCAGAAUAUUUUUCUUAUACAAAUUUUGACAGCUCAUUCCUACCGAUAGAAAAUUCUACGGUUUCUAUGGGUUUUCCGCGAUUACGUGAAUACCCCAAUUAUAUCCUUUAAGUUCGCCGCACGGUAAAAAUCUACUUGUGAAAAAUCGGCAUUUGUUUCAUCAGUUGAUUUUUGUUUUGACAUAGUUUUUAUUUAAAUGACAACCAGCUGAUUUGAUUUUUCCAACUCUGAAUUCUGCACUCUGACAAAGUUCCCAUCCCAGGGUUGUUCAGAGUACUUUCAGUACGUGAACAUCGAACACAGAGCAGAUAUCUCUGGUAGAAAAAAAAGAGCUAUAAAAAAAGUUUCAGGGCGAGUUAGAAGCGAGGAAGCGACUAGAGUGCACUAGAGCUCACAAAGAAAUAUAAAACUCUGAUGUUUUUUACUUUCAGUUACAAAACUUUUAGAAUUAAUCUGAUAGUACAUUCUACCUUCUACCUCUCCAAUCUAUGGAAUGUAUGAAUUGAAUGAACAAUGAACUCUUUUUCCUGACUGCUAGUAUUUAUAAUUUCACUUUUCUCUUUUACUCUUUAUCAAAGAGAGUAUGAAAUAGCUUUUAUAGAAACAUAACUGCUGUUUUUUUCCCAUCUGAAUCUGACCAUAUAAAUUGAAAGUCCACGGAGAAAAGUCCUUCAUAUUUAAUACAUCAUUCAGUUUCGUUGUGUCCUUUAGAUGGAAGAGUUGAUGUUGAUUGGUGGCUAUUUUUUAAAAAAUAUAUUGAAUCUCUAGAAAAAAAAAGAUUUAUUUAUGUUUUGCUCUUUUGUUUUUAAAUAAUUUGUGAACUGAUGUAUCAAUACGUACUGCUAAGCAACAGUAUAAAGGACAACCCAUUGUCUAAUUUUUAUUGAAGACAUAUUUUUCCUUUGGAAAUCAUUAACUAUAAUUCAUGUGAUUUGUUAUAGUAAUGAUAUUGUGCUUAAAAAAGAAUUUCCUACAUUUUAAAUGCUGUUGUUAUUGUCUUUUUGGCAGCGACUCAAGCAGCUGUCUCAAUCGCAAUUAUCGACCAAAGAUGAAGCGUUUGGUACACAACGAGUUUACAAAAAGACGUCAUCUAACUCCAGUAUAACGCUUUACUUGCCAACCCGUGAAAUUGUUCUCACCGGUUCGACCCCAACAAUCUUAUGUGGUAUUGUUUUUGUAGAUCCAUCGACGGUCCAAGGAUACAGAAUUUAUGCUCAGCUGACCUUAACAUUUCGGUAUGGUCGGGAAGACGAAGAAGUAAUGGGUCUGCGUUUUUGUAAUGAAGCUAUAAUGUCCUUACACCAAGUAUGGCCACGAACUGAAGAUCCGUCUCGUCAAUCACUAAGUCCAUUACAGGACGCUCUGAUUAAACGAUUGGGGGAAGGGGCUCAUCCAUUUACGUUGAGUUUAACACCGCAAGCACCACCCAGUGUUCAACUAGUACCGGCUAAGCGUUAUUAUGGGGCUCCAAUUGGGACCAGUUACGAGGUUCGAUGUUUCAUGGCUAAUAAAACUGAGGAGAAAUUUCAUCGGCGUGCCUCAGUUAAAAUGGGAGUGCGUGUUAUCUAUCGCACUGACGUGCACCACGAGAAUGCACCUGAAAACUAUGCUGCUUUUAUUAAUAGUCAAAUAUCUCCACCAGUUUCAAAGGAUCAGUUGCUUUUGCCUCGAACCCGAGCAGACUCCCAUCAGUUACAACAUCAGUUAUUGGAACAAUCCCUUCCAUCAGAUAUUUCACCUCAAAAAACUCCAACUGGUGAUAACCAUUCUUCGAUUCAAUCCUGUGCAACGCACAUUCCAACGAGCUCACCCACUACUGCAUCCAACACGAAAGCACGUAAAUCAGAACGGGGUGAUUCCUUCCCUAAGUUAAGGCUUUCUCCAAAAUCAUUUCGUUUUAGUGGUCGUUUUGGAAGGAGUAAAAGUGAGAUCGAAAAAUGCCCCAGUGAUUCUUUUUACAACUACAGCAAAUCCUUUCAGGAGUACGAGACUGGGGGCCCACAAGGUUCAGUAGAUAAGCCAUUUCUACUACAAGAGGGCCGUGUUAGCCUGCGGGCGAGUUUGGAUAAGGCCUGGUACACGCAUGCAGAGAAUGUGAUUGUUAAUGUGGAUAUUCGCAAUGACAGUAGGAAAACUGUGAGAAAAGUAAGGGUUUGUGCCAUCCAGCAUGUUGAUGUAUGUAUGUUUAACAAUGGAAAAUUUAAAAAUAUCGUUGCGGAUUCAGAUAACAAUAACUCUCAUGUUGAUAGGACGGUGAAUCCUGGUGGUAAACUUAAUGCAACAUUCAUCUUAAAACCACAAAGAGGUCCCACAAAAAAUUGGAUAGCUUUAGAGGAUACAUUACAGCGAAGUACUGAACCGGAAGAAAUCACUGGAGCUAUUGCUGCCUCCGCUAUUCGUUCGCCUACGGUUGCUCCGCUCCCAGGCAUUACACCCUCAAAUUCAGAUGAUCGCAACAUAUUCGCAAUCUACGUUUCUUAUUAUGUCAAAAUAAAGCUUGCUUUGAGUGGUAUGGGAGGAGAAUUGUCUUUAAAACUGCCAUUUGUUUUGGUUCACAUUGAUGAGCUAUUGUCCCAACCUCCUGGGUGCAGUACCAGCCGGGCAUUGUAUCUUGAUGCUCAUAAGUUAAAUCUUGAUAAUGUACCCACCUCACGAAAAAACCUUAGUAAUCAUGCGAUUAAGGUCAUGUUUCCUGAUGAAACACUAAGAGAAGUGGAACCAAGUCUCGAUAGAAUUGAAUCGGUGGAGAACGAGUUAAACAUUCCCAUACCCGAAGUUUUUUCAAGGUCACAUAAUGUUUGCUGUACAAAGAGAAAACUCUUAAGAAGUGAGACAAUUGCCAAAGAUUUAAUAGAUGAUGAAGAUGGAACUGAAAAAGACGAAGAUUACACUCAAGAUACUCAAUUAGCCACAGACUCAUUAGACUGCAAUAAUGAUAUUGUUUUUCCUAGAGAUAACAUCAAUCAAGAUGUAUUUCCUGUUGACGAAAAUGAUAAAAAAGAACAUCCCGAUAGUGACGACGAAGUGGUAUUAUCGAGAAAUCAACAGCUUAUAUGUGCACAAGUCCACUCUGAAUUGUGAUGGUACAACUGGGACUAGUAACUAUUGUAUUUAUAGCUUGUAUUAGACUCUUGAAUCCUUAGAGAUAGUCUCUUGAACUCAAUAUAAAUAGACAUGGCAAAUGUACAAUGUAA